AUGCAAAGCAAAAAGAAAAAGUUCGACGAAGCAGGCCAAAAAAUUGAAAGCAGGGGGUUGGGAGGUAAUGGAAAAGUUAAUAUGCUAAAGAAUUUUAUAAGUAAGCUUAGAUUGGAUAUGCUGGGUUUGAUAGAAACAAAGAAAGAGCUUGUGACUAAAUUUGAUGUAGCUCGUAUCUGGGGAAGCAAAAAUGCUUGUUGGGAGUUUGUGGGUUCCAUUGGGGCCCUGGAGGAAAGGGUUGUGGUAAAGGAUAAUUUUCACUGUGCUAUUUGUCUGGUGUAUGGACCACAUGAGAGAGCUGAGAAGGCCUCUGUUUGGGAAGAAUUUUGUUAUAUUACAAGGCUGUGUCAGGUGCCGUUUUGUUGUUUGGGAGAUUUUAAUGAAAUUUUGCGUCUAGAAGAAAGAAAAGGAGUGACUAGUUUAUCAGCGUCUGCGGAAGAUUUUAAAGUGUGGAUAAAUGAUAUGGAAUUAACUGAUUUGGCACUAAAUGAUCGUAAGUAUACAUGGUUUAGAGGGCAGUCGUGCAGUCGUAUUGAUAGGUGCCUAGUGUCUUUGGGGUGGCUUGAUGAGUACCCGAAAUUGCAUCUUAGGGGAGGUCCAAGAGGUUUAUUGGAUCACUGCCCAUUGAUUAUGGAAGACAGCAGAAGACUUGAUGGCCUAAGACCAUUCCGCAGCUUAGACUCCUGGUUCACACAUGAAGAAUUUUUGAGAAUGGUAAAGGAAGAAUGGAGGGAAUCGGGUGAUGUACACUUCUUAGAGAAGAUGAAAGCGCUGUCAACACCACUGCAUAAAUGGCAUAAGCAGCAUUUUGGGAAUAUAACUGAGAAGAUAAAGAGGUUUGAGGAAGAAAUACAGAAGGUGGAUGAUAUGGUCAGUAGUAGUCGGUAUGAUAGUAUAAUGGAGGCAAGGAGGAGGGCGCUUGUGAGGUGCUGUGAAAAGUGGUAUGUGAGACGGGAUCUACACUGGAAGCAAAUAUCUAGAUCUCGGCAUGCUACUGAGAUGGAUAGAAACACAAGAUAUUUCCAUAAUAUAGCUUCGGCGAGAAGAAGAAAUAACAGGAUUGAGUCCUUGGUUAUCCAUGGGAGGCUAGUGAGGAAUCAACCAAGAAUUAAGGCUGCGGUUCGGGACUUUUAUAAACGUCUGUACCACCAGGAACAUUCUCCAAGGGUGAGCUUUAGGGACGGACUAGUUAAUCGACUAGAGAGAGGAAGCUGA